AUGGGCGUUGGUCUUUUGGCUACGGGCUGUGGGAAAAAAGAAAAGAGCUCAGGCACGAAGUUAGUCGUCUCAGAAGAAAAGAGCUCAGACACGAAGUUAGUCGUCUCGGCAAUACCAGAUGAAAAUACCACUGAGCAAGCAGCUCGUUUUAAGGCUUUGAGCGAGUAUUUGAAUGAGAAGCUGGACAUCGAGGUAGAAUUCACUACUGCUGCAGAUUAUCCUGCGACCGUGCAGAGAUUUGCCAAUGGUGAGAUUCACAUGGCAUGGUUCGGCGGAGUGACUGGAGUGCAGGCACGUGAAAAGGUGGAAGGUGCUCGUGCGAUUGCACAGGGCGACGUGGAUCCUGAUUAUGUGAGCUACUUCAUCGCGCAUAAAGAUACGGGCCUGACGAAGUCCGAUGAGUUUCCGACUGCCAUUAAAGACAUGACUUUCACAUUUGGAAGUAAGAGUUCGACCUCUGGGCGUGUCAUGCCGACCUAUUUCAUUGAGAAUAUCACACUGUCCAAAGGUAGCCAUGAGGCGACCGCAAAUGCAGUCGCUAGUGGUUCCGUGCAAGUGGGUGUUUUGAGCUACAAGAAGUAUGACUCGAUGGUGAAGAAGGGCGAUAUUAAAGCGGAAGACGCGCCCAUCAUCUGGGUCACCCCGAAGUAUGCAGACUACAAUCUGACCGUGCACCCUGAUUUGGAGAAAAUGUUUGGUGAAGGUUUCAUCGACAAGCUUCAAAAGGCAUUGGUCGAUUGUGAUGACCCGAAGGUGCUUGCGGCGUUCAAUCGUGACAAGCUGAUUCCAGCGAAGAACGAAGAUUUUGCGGGCAUCAAGAAAGUGGCAGAGGCAGCUGGAAUGCUGCGCUAA